CACUGCUGGGGGCGCGGGAGGAGGCUCAGAGAGGAGGCUCAGAGAGGAGGUACAGAGAGGAGGUGCAGAGAGGAGGCUCAGAGAGGAGGCACAGAGAGGAGGUGCAGAGAGGAGGCGCGGCUCGCAGUUGAAGGAGGAUGUUCGGUGCGGGGGCAGACUGACGGGGCCACAGCUGAGCAGAAGCUGCUGGCGGAUGUGCGCGCGCGGCCGGCCUGCGGCGUGGACGGGAUCGGCUGAUUCGUUUCAUCUGCUGCUGGAGGAAACAUGCGGGGCUUCCCGGCACGCGCGGCGCCGCCGCUCCCGCCACUGCUGCUGCUGCUCGGGCUUUGCAGCGGAACAAGUUUCCCGGGAAACGUCAACAUAGGAGGCCUUUUCCCCACCGGCUCGCACGAGUACGAGGUGUUUCGCUUCGCUCUGUCGCAGCAUCAGGACGUCUCCAAGCUGGUGCCUCAGGUGGACAUGGUGGACACUGGCAGCAGCUUCGCCAUGACCUACGCCUUCUGCUCCCAGUUCUCCAAAGGCGUCUACGCCAUCAUGGGCCUGUACGACCGGCGGACGGUCAACAUGCUGAUGUCGUUCUGCGGCUCGCUGCACGUCUGCUUCGUCACGCCGUCGUUCCCCGUUCAGACCAACAACCAGUUCGUCCUGCAGCUGCGGCCCCAGCUUCAGGAGCCCCUCAUGGCCUUGCUGGAGCACUUCUUCUGGACCAGGUUCGUCUACAUGUACAGCUCCGACUCAGGACUGACGGUUCUGCAGAAGAUCCUGGACACAGCGGCGGAGCAGAGCUGGCAGGUCACCUCCGUUAACCUGGACGCUCUGACGGAGGCGGCCUUCAUCAAGCUGCUGGCCGAUCUGGACUACAAGAAGGACUUCCAGAUCAUCAUCAACUGUGAGCUGGAGCGCCUCAACUACAUCCUCAACUUGAUCGCUGCUCAGAAGAGGAACCUGAAGAACUAUCAUUUCAUUCUGGCCAAUCUGGGUUUCCUGGACCUGAACGUCACCGAGUUCCAGAAGCUUGCUCCCAACGUGACGGGCUUCCAGCUGGUGAACCGCACUGACCCCGCAGUGGAGAAGGUCAACCGGGAGUGGGUGGAGUUUGACAGCAAAGACUUCAAGCUGCCUCGCAAACGGCUGAAGUACACCGGAGCCCUGACCUAUGAUGGCAUCAAUGUCAUGGCAACGGCCUUCCAGAACCUGCGGCAGCAGCGCAUUGACAUUUCCCGCCGUGGAAAUGCAGGAGAGUGUCUGGCUAACCCACCUGCUCCCUGGGGGCAGGGCAUCGACAUCCAGAGAGCGCUGCAGCAGGUUCACCUGGAGGGGCUGACGGGUCAUGUGCAGUUCGACGAGCGAGGACACCGAACCAACUACACCUUAACAGUGAUGGAGCUCAGCCACCUCGGACCCAGGAAGAUCGGACAGUGGACAGAGAAGAGAGGCUACGUGCACACGGCGGUCUACAGGCCUCUGCAGGAGGAGUUCUUCGGUCUGCUCAACAAAACCUACGUGGUCACCACCAUCCUGGAAGCUCCCUACAUGAUGCUGAAGAAGAACCAUGAACAGUUUGUGGGAAACGACAAAUACGAAGGUUACUGCGCCGAACUCGCCUCGGAGAUCGCCAAACACGUGGGCUUCGCGUACCGCCUCGAGCUGGUGUCCGACGGGAAGUAUGGAGCCAGAGACGCGGAAUCCAAGAUGUGGAACGGCAUGGUGGGAGAACUGGUUUACGGGAAGGCGGACAUGGCCGUGGCGCCGCUGACCAUCACUCUGGUUAGAGAGCAGGUGAUCGACUUCACCAAACCCUUCAUGUCUCUGGGAAUCUCCAUCAUGAUCAAGAAACCCACAAAGUCAAAGCCGGGGGUCUUCUCCUUUCUGGACCCUCUUGCCUACGAGAUUUGGAUGUGUAUCGUGUUCGCCUACAUCGGGGUCAGCGUGGUGCUCUUCCUGGUGAGUCGCUUCAGUCCGUAUGAGUGGCAAGGUGAAGACUCUGAUGAUGAAGAUGAAGUCGCUCCAACCACUACAUCUCAGCGCACAUCCUCCCCCGAUGGACCUCAGUCUCCAGACCUCUCCCAGUCUCAGAACCAGAACCAGAACCAGCAGAAAGACAAGGACACUCCAGAGUACACAAAUGACUUUGGGAUCUUCAAUUCUCUCUGGUUUUCUUUGGGGGCCUUCAUGCAGCAGGGCUGCGACAUCUCUCCCAGGUCUCUCUCCGGUCGAAUCGUGGGAGGAGUUUGGUGGUUUUUCACCCUCAUCAUCAUCUCGUCCUACACGGCCAACCUCGCAGCCUUCCUGACAGUAGAGAGGAUGGUCUCGCCCAUAGAGAGCGCCGAGGACUUGGCAAAGCAGACUGAAAUCGCCUACGGGACGCUGGAUGGAGGCUCCACCAAGGAGUUCUUCAGGCGCUCAAAGAUCGCCGUCUUUGAGAAGAUGUGGUCGUACAUGCGCAGUGCAGAACCGUCGGUGUUUGUGAAGAGCACCACCGACGGAGUGAUCCGCGUCCGCAAGUCCAAGGGGAAGUACGCCUACCUGCUGGAGUCCUCCAUGAACGAGUACAUCGAGCAGAGGAAGCCCUGCGACACCAUGAAGGUGGGAGGAAACCUGGACUCCAAAGGCUACGGCGUGGCCACGCCCAAAGGAUCACCUCUCAGAAACCCCGUAAACUUGGCAGUGUUAAAACUGAACGAGCAGGGCCUGUUGGACAAAUUGAAAAACAGAUGGUGGUAUGACAAGGGAGAAUGCGGCACCGGGGGCGGGGACUCCAAGGACAAGACGAGCGCGCUCAGUCUGAGCAAUGUGGCGGGAGUGUUCUACAUCCUGAUUGGUGGACUGGGACUGGCCAUGAUGGUGGCAUUGGUCGAGUUCUGCUACAAGUCCAGAAUUGAAUCAAGGCGGAUGAAGGAGCUGAUCGACGCCGCCAUGAUGAGCAGCAGUCUGGGCGGAGCCACUGGAGGAGGUGAUCCAGGAAUCCCAGCCUGCGGUUUAGGCGGAGGCCUCACAGGCGAGAACGGCCGCGUGGUGACGCACGAGUUUCCAAACUUUGGGGUUCAGGGUUUACCCUGCAUGAGCAAAGCUGCAGGAUUAGGAAUGUCGUCAACGGGAAUGUGAUCCGAACCGAGGGAACGGACUCAAGGAUCCCAUUGGUCGAGAAGGAGCAAGACGAGGAAUGAGUUCCUUCACCGACACAUGGAAGAGCAUGAAAGACACUAACAGUCCAGAUGUGAGGCGGGAAAUCGGACAACCAAACACUCACAGACAGCAUCAUCGGACCGGAUCUGACCGGUCCAGACUGGACCUGACCGGAAUGGCAAAUACUAACCAAACAUCAAAGGUUCCGGUUUUACAAAAAUAUCCAACCUGCACAUUUGAGGCUGUUUAAGAUCAUGAGUAAUCUGGCUCCUCCCCCUCUCAGAAACUAUGUUGACAUCAGAACCAGAAGGUCCACAUGUAACGACCAGUGUAAACGAAGGACUCGGCCAAUCAGAAUUUUCUUUAAAAUUUGUCUCUCAGUGGAAUAAACUGCCAACGCACUUACAAUUAUGCAAAAACUUUAAAAAAUGGCAUGAAAACGGUUAUUUUUACUGAAACUGUCAUGUCGACAUGAUUCAUCAUGUAGUAUUUUAAAAGUAGCAUGUUUUCAUUUGUUUCUCUUCUCUCACUCUUGUUUUUUACUAUGAAUUAAUUGUAACUUUUCUGUGAUUGCAAUGCAUUCUUUAUGCUAGUUGUUAAUUCUUGUAUUUGUAUGACUUGGUGCAGCAGAAGAAAGAUCUCUGAGUUGGUCUGCUACGGUUAGCUGGUCUGGUACGGUUAGCUGGUCUGGUACAGUUGGCUGGUCUGGUACAGUUAGCUGGUCUGGUACGGUUAGCUGGUCUGGUACGGUUACCUGGUCUGGUACAGUUAGCUGGUCUGGUACAGUUAGCUGGUCUGGUACGGUUAGCUGGUCUGGUACAGUUAGCUGGUCUGGUACAGUUAGCUGGUCUGGUACGGUUAGCUGGUCUGGUACGGUUACCUGGUCUGGUACAGUUAGCUGGUCUGGUACAGUUGGCUGGUCUGGUACGGUUAGCUGGUCUGGUACGGUUAGCUGGUCUGGUAUGGUUAGCUGGUCUGGUACGGUAAGCUGGUCUGGUGCAGAAGGUGGAUCAGUUGGUUGGGUGACAGAUUGGGAACCUGGGUUUGCUUCCCAGGGGGCGCUCUGAGCUUCAGUGUGGGUCUUUAGGCGAGUCCUUUACGCCA